AUAGCACGGCGACCCUGUCCUCAGAGGGUAACUGCAGUUUGUGUGAGCUUCGGUUCAUGCACUGUCUCAAUAUUUUCCUGUCCCACCACGGCCACUCUGGCUGGGUGGGCCUUUUCUUUGCUGGUAAAGCGUCCUAACCCUAACCCUAGUAUG